UCGUUCGGAGUAAUUCCCCGUGUCCCUUCCCCUCCUUUCUCUCUCGCUCUGUGCGAUCGUUCCACUCCUAGCGCGCGAUUCUAGGGUUUGGAGGAUUGGAUCAGGGCGCUCGCCGCGAACUUGGAUCGGAUUCGACUCGAUCUUUGAGGCGAUGAAGGGAUCGUCGCGGAAGAAUCUAUCGGUGUUCGACUUCGACGACGAGGAGGAGGCCGUGGAGGCGGCGUCGGGGAAGUACACCGCCAAGCUCCGGCCGGAGUUGGACCCUAAGAUCGACGAAACCCUAAACAAGUACAGCUUCCUCCGAGCGUUUGCGUCAGAUUAUAAAAAACAAACAGACAGUUCUGGUGUCUCAUGCAUAGACUUGCAUGAUGGAGAUAGCUUGCCAGAGUCAUUUGCAGUAGAUUCAUCAGAAACUGAUGAGGUUUCUUCCGAUGAGAGAACUGAUGACUUUAAUGAAGUGAUCACUACCACAUCAAGAUGUGUUGAACAUGGCCAAGAAUACUCAGAUGAGAUUGAAGCUGGAAAGUUUUCUACUAUUGCUCAAGCUUCCAGUCUGAUAACAUCAUCGUCGGGCAAUGAGAGAGAAGUGCUUGAUAGGAUUCCAGAUGACAGAGAUGGCUGGACAUCUGAAACUCAAUCUUUAUCUCCCAAUGAUUCUGAUGUUUCAGAGAAUGAAGGUUAUGUGAAGCAGCCGGUGUCAGAAGAGUUUUAUGCUGCAUUCGAUGAAAGUGAAAGAAAUCCCCAUGCCAGUAUCAAUGUGGAAGAUGACACAACAGUUACAGUCCAUCCUGAUUAUGUGACAUGUGGGACCUCGUUGUUGGUGGAACCUAGGUUAACAUUCUCUGCUGAUUGUGUUACCAUUGAGGGUUCAGAUACAGAUGUAGAUGAUAAAGUGAUAGUUACAGAAUGGAGAAUUUCUGACAUCAUUCGCAUUGAUAGUCAGUGGACUGAAAGUGUUGAUGCUGCGUUGGUAAAAUUUCGUGUUCGAGCUAAUGCGGUGGCUGAACCUAAGGAAGAGUACAAGGAAUUUGAUUGUAUUAUAGUAAGGUUUUCUGUGAAUGAUGUGCGAUGGUUGGAGAAAGAGCAGAAGAUAAAAAAUCUUGCACAAAGAUACCAAGAUGUAUGGAGUUCUUUCUCUUGUGAUGGUUGGAUUGGGGAAGAGGACACUCUGGAGCCUAAUUUGGUCUUUGCAAAAGAAUAUUUUACUGGAAUUGCAGAGCCCAUUGAAGAUGUUAUUUACCCAAAAGGAGAUCCUGAUGCUGUAUCUAUCAGUAAAAGAGAUAUUGACUUGCUACUACCUGAAACAUUUAUCAAUGACACUAUUAUAGACUUUUUCAUCAAAUACUUGAAGAACAAAAUUCCACCUAACGAGAAGCAAAGGUUCCACUUUUUUAAUAGCUUUUUCUUCCGUAAGCUGGCAGAUCUGGACAAGGAUCCCGGCAAAGUUUCAGAAGGCAGAGCUGCUUUUCUUCGUGUCCGUAAAUGGACUCGGAAAGUGAAUAUUUUUGAGAAGGAUUACAUCUUUAUUCCAGUCAACUUCAAUCUUCAUUGGAGUUUGCUUGUUAUAUGUCAUCCUGGUGAAGUAGCAACCUUUGAAGCUGAUGACUUAAGGGAGUGUUCUAAAGUGCCAUGUAUCUUGCACAUGGAUUCUUUGAAGGGCAAUCAUAGUGGUCUCAAGAACAUAUUGCAGAGUUAUUUAUGGGAGGAGUGGAAGGAAAGACACCCCGAUUCACCUAUAGAUUAUUCAGAAAAAUUUUUGAACUUGAGAUUUGUCUCACUUGAGUUGCCUCAACAGGAGAAUUCAUUUGACUGUGGCCUCUUCUUACUACAUUACGUGGAGUUGUUUUUGGAGGAAGCUCCUACUAAUUUCAACCCUUUCAGAAUCACCAAGUUCUCCAGCUUUCUUAGCGCCGAUUGGUUUCCACCUGCUGAUGCUUCCUUUAAGCGAUCCCUCAUCAGAAAACUUAUUUACGAUCUUCUCGACCCGGCUCAGAGAUCUAUUCCAAUCACCGAUGCAGAUGGGGAUCCUUCGAGAGCUUAUCCCGAAUGUGACGAUACCAAGCAAGAACCAGUAGUGGAGUUUCUUUCUUCGCACUGCUGCCCGAGCACUGAUAUAGCUACCGAAAGAGAAACUCAAACAAAAAUUUCCACUACAUUUUCUGUUGAUGUUCCUGAAUCUGAUGAGAAAUCGGGAGCGAUUCAGCAAGUUGUUCUUAAAUCCGAUUCAACUUGUCAAACGCUCUCGUCUGCGGCUUGCAUGUUAGAGGAGCAUGUGGAAGGGGACACAUCGUUAGCAUCCAAAACCCUAGAAAGAGAAGAGGUCCAGCUUUGUACAACCUCACACUCACCGAAGGAUUUACACUCCUUACCUGAGUCUUCGAAUGUCGGCAAUAUGGUUAUUGACGCAGAAGUCGAAGGGAAAACCGAACCUCUCGAAGAAAACUUAGGUUAUGUUCCAGAUAGCCCGACGAUCUCGUCGGAGGAGAAGAACAAUGCCUGCUGUGAAGUUUCUGGGGAGAACCAUACAACUGAUGUGCAGGAUGCGGUUGGCGAAGCCACACAAGCGAUCAACGAUAAGGAAAUUAGCAUUCUGACGAACGAGUUAUCUCGUGCGACGGAGGCUGGAACGAGCGAUGCCGACGAAUGCUCGAAAAUCGAGGCUAGAAAGGAAGAGAGUGGCAGCGAUGUGCGGGAGCCGUCCCGCGAUAUCAUUAUUGCGGACGACGAGAAUUCUUCAGAUAAAGACGAGGUUCAGGUGACUGGAACGAGGUUUGAGCAGCAGCCCAGCAAGCGACGCAAGGUGGUGUUCCCUGAAGGAUGCCGAAGGCGAACUCGGAGCUUCACGAGGGAUUCCGCUUUGUGAAACCGCGCAAUGCUCACUUUCGCGAUUUUGUCGGUGAAAUAUUGAGGUUAUUACUGUACUAUGUAAAUGUCCUUGUUGAAUGUGAAAUGCUUGUAAAGUGCUUGUAGGAGAGUUGGUGUUCUGAAAAUGGAUUCCUCCAAUUUCUUGCUUUUAUUUUCUACUUUUGAAUACUUUACUAAAACUAGUCUCUGAAUGCAUAGAAAAAUGUAAAACUUUUGGGUUUUUUUUUU